CAGUGGAGCUGCGAGGCCCUGCUCACUCACUUCUACACCAAAUCUUACUUUCUCAGUCGAGUGUUUCUUACCUUUAAAGCGACCCUUGCAGAGUGAGUCUCCGGCUACAUGCGUCCUGUGAUGAUUCCUCCCCCACCUUCUGUUUUGGACGGAGGAAAUCCAAAGAAGUGAAAACAGUCGAGCAAAGCAGUCGUGAGAGAGGAGGCUGCGUGAAGGGGGAACACAAGGAGACGACGGAGGCGCUUCAGCCAGGAAAGAAGUGCCGUGAGAAAGAUACCGUCUCUCUCUUUUCACUCACACACACUCACUCACUGGCACCACAGCCGCGCCCGGAUCACAUCCUCCAGCACAGCACUGCGCUCUCCCUGCCCCCCUGCUAUAGCAUGGCCAGUUCGAGCAAAGCCACUUUAAUCUUGCUCAUCUACGGAAUCUUAAUGCACUACAGCGUCUUCUGCACACCACUUGGACUAAGUUACCCUAAAAUUAGACUUGAUAACGACGCCUUCGAUGAGGAUGGCAACUCAUUAUCCGACAUGGGUUUUGAUAGCGAUCAGAUUGCUAUACGAAGCCCUCCAUCCUUAAACGACGACGCGUACACCCUCUACUACCCGCCAGAGAAGAGAGCAGAAAGGCAUGCUGAGGAAGAAUUAGAUAGAGCCUUGAGGGAGAUCCUGGGUCAGUUAACAGCGAGACAUUAUCUGCAUUCUCUGAUGACAAUUCGUGCAGGUGAAGACACCAGUAUGGAGGAAGAGUCCGAGCCCCUCUCCAAAAGACAUUCAGAUGGGAUCUUCACCGACAGCUACAGCCGCUAUAGAAAGCAGAAGGCGGUGCAGAAAUACCUGGCAGCGGUUCUGGGACGAAGGUACAGACAGAGAGUUAGGAACAAAGGACGCCGGCUCGCCUAUUUGUAGCGUCGUUCAAGCGCCCAAACUGCCCUCCUGUGUAAAUACAUCCAGUCGUUAAAUCAAAGUCAUUCAGAUAUAUCUGACCAACCAGUGGAUUGCGCCUGUGUUCUAUCAACAUGUAUUUAUGUAUGAAGUAAAGCCAUUAAAAUGAAUAUUUUAAUAAUAA